AUGGCACAACGGAUGAAUAUGUCUUCAUUUUCGGAUAUCAAGAGUUCCCAGACUAAAAAUUACGUCAAUUUGGACUUCUUGGACGAGCAUCUUCCGGGUUCACAAACCAAUUUAAAUGCUUCUAAUGGCAAUCCGUCAUCUAGUGAUGCUAGCUAUAUUCUUUCCUCGUUUACCGAACCGGUAUCCAGGUCUGAAACACCUCCACCUCAGCAUGAACGUUCAAAACAUGCUCCUAUGAAUUACUCGCAGACCAGUUUUCAUUCCGAAACUCUACCGGCAGUUAAUCCGACAGCCGAUUUAUUAGAGGGAUUUUUUUCACCGUCAGUAUCCAGACCUCUUGAUGUCACUACAGUGGAACCUUUGACAAGGUCACAUGGUCACAAACCUUCGAUUGAGACUUCUUAUAUUCUUUCGUCUACCGAUUCGCCUGCUGAUCUCCGUGAUGGAGCAUUGGCUGAAUUAAUUGAUAUGGGAUUUCCUAUCGAAGGGGCCAAUAUGGCAUUGGAUAGUACGGGAUCAGGUCAUGAUAUCGAUGGUGCCAUCAGCUUUUUGAUGUCAGAGGCCCACGACGAGUCUAAAGUUGCUACACACAGUUCUCAUAUUCAUAAACACAAAAAUCAUAUGGAUAAAGAGGAAGAUUUUGGCACCGUAAUGAAUGAUUUGUCCAAUGAGUUUAUAUCCAGGGCCUCUAUUCUCUUUCGAAGUGGCAAGAAAAAGAUCCGGGAGGGUAUUGAGUUAUACAAGCAUCAACAGUACGAGAAAGCUGACAAUCAGCCUGCGUGGAUGAAGAACCAGGCUACUUACAAAGCUCAAUCGCAAAGUGUUGCGGGAGGGGAUGACGAACAGGAAUUACUCCCCGAGGAUAUUCGGAAUAUUACAGAACAUCAACGAGAAAGGGACAGGGCUUUCAGAAGGGAUAGAGAGUACACAUUUGACAAUAAAACUGAAAAAAGAAAGAAACAGGCACCCGUUCUACCGCCGCAUAGGAAAAGCAAGGUGAAAGUGCCAUCAAGAGAGCAGUCAGAAUUGCACGAUGUUACUGCUGCUGCUGCUCCUGCUCUUGAUGAGAAAAAUAAUCAAUCGUUGGUGGACAUUACGGGGAAUUCAUUACCACCAGUUUCGUCUACUCUUGUCGACUCGUCAGCUUUAUCUUACUCUGUUGAAUCAGCAUAUACUACAGAAAAAUCCAGAGCUGCAGAAAGCUUUAAAGUAGGUGACUUCCCUAAAGCUUUAUCAUUCUAUCAAUCUGCAUUGGAUGCGCUUCCUGAGGGUCAUGCUCUACGGAUAAUCAUGCUCUCUAAUAUCUCCACAGUAUAUGAGAAACUAGGAAAUGCUAAAGAUCAGCUUGCCUUUUCAGUAAAGGGUCUCGAUCAAAUUGCGAGUAUUUGCCCUGAUUUCUCUGGGAUGACUGACAUAAAGAUAGAAAAGGAUAAAUCAUUGAGUCUUUUUUGGAUUAAGCUCCUAUCAAGGAAAGCAGAGGCUUUGGAGCACUUAGAAAAGUUUAGAGACUCUUUGGACUCGUACAACCAACUACUGAGUCACGGUGUAUCGAAUAAAUCUAUAAUGGAUGGAAGAAAAAGGUGCAUGGACGUCUUACAUCCUAGGCCACGGAAGAAGGCCAUGCCAAAAUCUGCUAGAGUGAAUAGUAAAAUGCCUGAUACAUAUGAUACUAUGAAGAGAGUUCAAGAGAAGGAGAGGCUGGAAGAGAGAGAAGAGAAUGAACGAUUUAUUUUGCAUGAUGAGGUAGAGGGUAUCCUGGAACAUUGGAUCCAUGGAAAUGAAAAUAAUAUACGUGCGUUGUUAGCGGGUUUGCAUGAAGUACUAUGGCCGGAGUUGAAUUGGAAGCCUGUCUCUAUGAGCGACCUUGUUCUCGACAAAAAAGUCAAGAUUGUAUACAUGAAGGCGGUAUCCAGAGUGCAUCCUGAUAAGAUUGGACGCGAAGUUAACACAGAACGAAAAAUGAUUGCCAACAAUGUAUUCAUCACGCUUAAUGAAGCGUGGGAAAAGUAUAAAGAGGCGAAUAAUAUACAAUAA